AUGGCAACGAGCACAUUCCCUCCAGACAUAGAGGAUGACGUGCAGGUGUCGUCGGUCCUAGAGGUCAUUGGGGGGACCAACAUCGGGUCAGAGGAGCCGGAGGAAAAAGAUUUUUGGUUCUUAGAAAUGGGAGAUGACUCUGUUUUCUACAGUGAUGAGGAGCAGGCUCAUCAGGAAAUGGUGCCAUGUCACUCUGGAGCGAACAGGUGCAAACGUCUUUACAAUAGUGUGGCCGACUGUGACACUGACCAGCAGCAGGAGGACGCUCACAGAAAGGUUGUUAUUUUCAAAGACUUUUCAGAAAAAGGGAAAGAAAUGUCCAAGCAGGUGAUUUGGGCUGAACAUUUUCAAAAGUCUCAGACACCAAAAACUGAAAAAAGGUAUAUAUCCGAGUCUGGACAACCAGGGGCAGAAUCUUUUGGGACUCUGAAGAAGUUUGUGAGUUCUUUUAAUCUGGCUCAGCAGCCAAACUGCACAACAGCAGACAUGCAGACCCUAAGUGAACAAAAUAAACCUGCAGAAAAAGUGAAUGGAGAGGUUAAAGAAGAGGAAGGUGUGUCAGAAGCCCAGCCACCAAGCCUGCACCCGUUCCAUCAGAGCUUUCCACAGCUCAAAGCGGAGGCCGAUGUCCCCAAAUCCAUGUCCAGGGAUGAUCAACAGAAAUCAGGUGACAGGCAGCUUGAGGGGAACCAGGAAGAUGAGCCCUGUGUUCAAAUUAAUGCUGGACCUCAACAAAACCCCCACUCUGAUCACCCCAAGCUGCUCCCGCUGAAAAGAUCUGGCUGCAGCACAUUCGACCAUCUCACAUCUUCCAGAUACAGCACUGUGUCCUACCGCAGGAUCCGCAGGGGCAACACCCAGGAGAAGAUCCAGGAGUUUGAGUUCAGGCUGCUGAAC